UCUCUCACUGACUAUUGGAUUGAAAUCUCUCGUCAGCAUCAUGUUCUUUCUUCUGAUGGGCGUGGCACUCCUAGGGCUUGUCGGCUGUCCUUCCAAACGGGCAGCUAUCACUUUCUACCCCAAAACUCUGCCAUGCAGUGUAACUCAGUUCGACAACGGGAGCUCGGUAAAGGUGGACUGCAGCGCAAGAGACCUCAAGGGCGUCCCACAAGGCAUUCCAAGAGACACCACCAAUCUGACGCUCACCAUCAACCGUAUACCCAAGUUGAACUCUACCUCCUUUGUCAGCUUGGAGAACCUGACUGAGCUUGACAUGAGGUGCAACUGCAUGCCCGUUAAAAUCGGAUCCAAAGAUCACAUCUGCACCGAGAGUUUGGCGAUCGAGGAAAAUACGUUCACAAGCCUACGGAAUCUACGAGCGCUCUAUUUAGACGGAAACCAACUUAGCAGCAUACCUAAAGGACUCCCUUCCGAUCUAGUUCUGUUGAGCUUAGAAGUCAAUCACAUCUAUCAAGUUUACCGCGCAAAUUUCUCCACGAUCAGAAGUGUUGAGAUGCUCUAUCUUGGUCAAAACUGCUACUAUCGAAAUCCGUGCAAUUUUUCCUAUGAAAUCGAAGAUGGCGCCUUUUCACAGCUUUCCAAUUUGACUCGGUUGUCUCUCAAGUCAAACAACUUAUCUUUUAUUCCGCACCAACUGCCUACAAGUCUGAAGGAGUUGUAUCUUUACAACAAUAAGAUCGAGGAGGUCACAGGAAACGAUUUCAAAAACCUAACCAAUUUGGAGAUUUUGGAUUUAAGCGGAAACUGUCCACGAUGUUACAAUGUUCCUUUCCCAUGCACACCUUGCCCGAAUCAGUCCCCGCUUCAUAUAAGCAAGUCAGCUUUUCAAAUGUUGACCAAACUCAAGACUCUCCGUCUGCACAGUAAUUCUUUGAGGUUUGUGAUGCCUGAAUGGUUCAACGGUACAAGAGAACUGAGAGUCCUUGAUCUCUCACAAAACAUUUUAGCAGGAGACAUAGCAAGGACACAUUUCCCACAUUUUCUGAGCAAAUUGGUAGAAUUGGACCUUUCAUUUAAUUAUGAACUACAGCAAUAUCCCCAAACUCUAACUUUGAGCAGGCACUUUUCCGAGCUUAAGUCUCUUAAAAUCCUUCGCAUAAAAGGCUUUGUGUUUCAGCAGCUGAUACCGGAGAGCAUUGCUUCAUUAAAGACGCUCCUCCACUUAGAAGUUGUAGACCUGGGCACAAACUUUAUUAAAAAUACAAACCUUAGUAUCUUAACGGGGUUGCCAAGUUAUAAAAUGGUCAGUCUCUCUGACAACAAAAUAUCAGCCUCAUCUGAAGAGCCAAAUGCCGUUGGAGGAAAUGAGAAGUCAUUGCUCUGGCCUCAUCUACUGGCCGACUACCAAAAAAAGGAAGUGCGAGAAAUGCGGUACUUCCGAUACGAUGAAGACGCACGUAGCUGCAAAGCUAAAACUAAAGAAUUUGGAGUCGCUAAAUCUUUUGCCAAAAAGGAAUGCACUAAAUAUGGAAAAACACUGGAUAUCAGCAGGAAUAACAUUUUUUUUCUGCAUGCGGGUUUUUUAAACCUGUCCGAGCUGCGGUGCCUUAAUCUAUCGGGAAAUGCGAUGAGCCAAAGUCUGAAUGGUUCGGAAUUUAGCUACCUGACUCAUCUCAAAUAUUUAGACUUCACAUUCAAUCGUCUGGACUUGCAGUACGCCACUGCCUUCCAAGAGCUGAAGAAUCUCAAAACACUUGACAUCAGCUACAAUGACCAUUAUUUUGAAUCCGAGGGCCUCAUUCACAUGCUGAACUUCACAAAGCACCUCAAAAAACUGCAAACGCUGCGCAUGAACCACAACAAGAUUUCUACUUCGACAAACACCGAGAUGGAAAGUGAAUCUUUGGAGAGACUUGAGUUCAGAGAUAACCGACUAGAUAUGUUGUGGAGAGACGGGGACACCAGAUUUGUCAAUUACUUCAAGAAACUGCUGAACUUGAAGGUACUCGACAUCUCCAAAAACAACCUCAAUUUUAUCCCAUCUCAAGUGUUCAGCGGCCUGCCAGACAAGUUGUCGGAGCUCUACGUAAAAACCAACAGAUUGAAAUCGUUUCCAUGGGAAAAACUGCAGCUCAUACGAUCGCUGGAAGUCUUAGACCUCAGUGAGAACAGUUUAUCAACGGUUCCAAGAAUGCUCUCAAACUGCACCAGAUCUCUCAAGAAGCUCUUCUUGCAAAAAAACCAAAUCUUGACCCUCACCCCAAACUUCCUCAAGGACGCACAUAACUUAACGUAUUUGGACGUUAGUUUUAAUCACAUACAAGUCAUUGAGGAAUCGAGCUUUCCGGAUGACGUCGUCAAUCAGAUGCAAAUGCUACUUUUGCACAAUAACGAUUUUGUCUGCUCAUGCAACGUCACUUCUUUCAUCACCUGGCUCAACAACACCAAGGUACCCAUCCCCAAACUGGCCACAGAUGUGACCUGUGCCGACCCAGAGACACAACGAGGCCAGCCCGUGAUCUCGGUUGACCUGCUGGCCUGCCAACACAAUGACUUGUCCAUCAUUCUCUACAUGCUCAAUGCUUCCCUGGUCCUGAGUUUCCUCAUCCUGUGCAUCUCCAGUCAUCUUUUCCUGUGGGACGUCUGGUACAUCUACCAUUUCUGCCUGGCCAAGCUCAAGGGCUAUAGCCGCUUACACUCGCAGAGUGCUCUCUUUGAUGCCUUUGUGUUGUAUGACAAAGAAGACCCCGCGGUGUAUGAGUGGGUUACAAAGGAAAUGUGUCUCCAUCUGGAGGAGCGAGGAGAUCGCCGGUUAACUUUGUGUCUGGAGGAUCGAGACUGGAUUCCCGGCUACCCCCUGAUUGACAACCUCUCACAGAGCAUUCAAAAGAGCAAGAGGACCGUAUUCAUUCUCACCAAUAAAUACAUCAAAAGCGGGAACUUCAAGACGGCUUUCUAUAUGGCCCAGCAACGGUUAAUGGAUGAAAAAAAUGACGUUAUCGUCCUGAUCCUCUUGGAGAAAGUGCCUUGUAAUUCCAAGUACUUCAGACUGCGGAAAAGGCUGUACAAACGCUCCAUUCUCGAGUGGCCAACAAACCCUCAAGCUCAGCCAUAUUUCUGGUUCAGCGUUAGAAGCGUUUUGGCCACUGAAAGCCACAAGCAAUACAACAGCCUCUUUAAGGAGACACUGUAAAAUAGUCCGGUAGGACCAGUUUCGCUGUAUUAACACCUCCUGCUACAUUCUCCAUUAGGUAUCUGCUUAAGGGUGAUAAGUUCAACCUUGUUCUUUUUUUCUUUUUGCUUUAUGAUAGUGUUUAACUUCUCUUAAUAAUACAGUUCAGAACGUCAAAAUGCUACAUUUCCUGUUCAUUUAAUAACUGUUAUGUCGGUGACAGUUUGAACAUGUCAUAAUUUAACCCCUUCAUGCACCCUGUAACCUGAUAACAUGAUAAGCUGUCCACUGUAGCAACCGCUGUCCCUGAAAGGGUUAAUUCACUUUACAACCAAUUGCCUAUGAGACACUCAAUCAUCUUCACGGAAUUGCGUUCCACUUUGGAUGGUCCACUGUACAAGCGUUUUGAUGAUCGUCUCGAAAUGUCUAUUGUAGAAAGGCUCCGCUCUGAGGUCCGCAACAGAUCUUCAUGCUCAGUCAUACUCGUGAGUCAACCUGCAAAGUGUUUCAGCCAUCGCCCCUGAAAGCCACGAGCGGUGCAAAUUAGACCUUGAACAUUUGUUAAACGUCCGCAAAUGAUGUUUCGUGCACUGUGAACAUUCUACCAUCAUAAUUCAAAUAAAAACAACACUGUUGUCA